GGCUGAACACAGUGCGGCCAUGGCAAAGCGCAAACGAGACGACGGAGAUGGAGCAGGAGAUGACGCCGGCACUGGCGCUGGAGCUGGAGCUGGAGCUGGAGAUGCAGAUGCGCCCAAUUUCCGGCGGCAGCGACAGAUCAUGGCUGCAUAUGUGCAAGGCGCUCAACAGCUGGAAAAGGCCUUCAAGCUGGCACGUGGCUUCGAGCGACAGAAGCUGGGCCGUCGCAGAAAGAAUGCGCUCGCAGAAGCAAAGGUGAAAGAGGCAAAGGGAAAUGCGGACACCAUGGCAAAGAGGUCAAUAGAGGAUGAGGUAGCUCGCAUUGACGCAGAGGUGGCUGCGCUCAAGACGCUGGAUACGACGCGGUCGGCACACAACUUCCUGGCCAAGUCGCUGCUCAAGAUCAAGGCUGUGCAGGUAGCACCCGAUCUUCCUGCCGACAUCAGCUCCCCAAAGCCUGUGUCGUCCGACUCCGCCAUGCUGAACGUGCACGCACGACUAUGUAACUCGAAUCCCGUCAAAGCUGCUCUACCGGCUGCUGCUGCUGCUGUCAAGAGCGAGUUCGGUUUAGUGCCAAACGGCCAAGAUGUGUAUGCGGCGAAGAGAGCUGGCGUGCAUUCUGCAGACGUAACCAAGGACGAUGGAUCUGAGAGCAAUGACAAUGACGGCGGAGACGACGAAGUCGACCACGACACAGGUGACGGUUCGGAUGUGGACAUUGCAGACCUAGAGCGGCAGCUGGAGCAGGAAGGAGUGACGCGCAGCAGGCCGGGCAAAAAUCACGAGCCCACAAAACUAUUCUUGCCUACUUUAACAAUGGCUGGCUACGUGUCUGGAAGCGGAUCCGAUCUGGACGACGACGAUGUCCACAACACAAAACCGGCGAAGAACCGGCGUGGUCAGCGAGCACGUCAAGCUAUCUGGGAGAAGAAGUAUGGCAAGAGAGCAAAGCACGUUCAAGAGCAGGCUACAAAGCAGGGCCGCGACGCCAAACGUGGUGCCGCCUCCUUCAGCAAAUUUGCCAAAGAUGCAAAUGCAGCACCGCUGGGGAAGCAGAGACCUGAGCUCGGACUGAUCAAGAGCGCCGAAAGGUCCAAGCGGUCCCGAGAUGACACUGGACCUCUGCACCCCAGUUGGGAGGCUGCUAAACGAGCCAAAGAGAAGAAGAUCGAGAAGAUUGAAUUCGCGGGCAAAAAGAUCGUCUUCGACUGAGCUAUCAAGGAUUUAUAUACUGGUCUUGCAGCUUUUCAUUAGCGUAGCUGACGGCCCUGUUGCUGCGUAGGAAUUGUCAUGUGGCAGACUCCGGCUCUCCCUCUGGUACUAGAGGGCAUUCUCUGCAAGUGAGUUACGGUGGAAGAUCAUCUCCUUUGUUCCCUGCCGCAGCCUGCUGAAUUCAUUUCCAGGAUUAUCUGCUCAGCCCUGCGAAAACAUCUGGUCUCUGGCCAAGUCGCACCAUCAUCCCCUGCAUCACGCAGGCGGUCUGCUAAUAUGCGUCCACGAUCAUAUGGGUCAAUCCGAUGUAUGGCUGCACUAAUAAAGCAGUCUGCGGGGUGGUCGUUCAAUCGAUCAUAAGCUUCCCACACGAUCUCGCAAGAACUCUACGGCACUGCUGCCACAGCGCAGAGUGGAACCAGUAGGCGUUUUGGCCAAGAUACUGCUUCUUAAAAAGGGGCAAACCUGAGGUUGCUGAGUGCAACAUCUGGACACCAAGAAGUAUUGCCACUUGCAUCCGUGCAUCGAUCGACGCUGCAUCUUCUGAACUGUCAUCCGAAAUGCUCAAUCAAUUGCGCCGGAUGCACUCAAACUCUCAGAGAUCUAACGUGGAAUCUGUCAUAGACCGCCACUUUCGAAAGUCUUGCAAUAUCACGCCAUCGUUGUACUUCGGGUAUCUGUCACUAUUGAUGGGAGGAUGCUUUCCACUGGAAUCAACUGUGUUUCCACUGAGUACUUGUAUCAGCGCGACAGGCGCGCCACUAGAGUUUGGCUGUGCGCUCCUGAUGGGUCGUGUAAGUGUGUAGGCGCUGGGAGGCAGUGUGCACAUUUACCUCUUGUAGCCGUAGGGCUAAAAUCAGUCACAGAAUGUGUCUUUCCCUGCGAUGAUACAAUUGGGCCGUGUGAGACUGCAUACGCAGGCGUAUUGGUCACAAAGUAUAGCAUCCGGUGGGCAGACGCUCGUGCAUAAGACCAACAGGGCAUUGGCGCGUGGCGAGCGUUCCAGGUUCUGUUUCCCGCCUGCUACCCAUCGAGGUCCGGCUGCUGGAAUUAUCUCGAUCUUCCACCACCAAUGUCCUGGCCCAACCUGUAGCCGCCGAUCUUUUCCCACUCAACCCGCUGCCGCGUGACAGGUAGUUGCCGCCUCAAGCCUUUGAAGCUGCCCUCGGCCAGGGCGGUAAAUGAUCGAUUGAGGUUCUCUUGAAACUUGUUCUCUGCUUUUGAUAUCUCUCGCACGAUGCUAUCUCCACUGCCCGAGGCAACGUGCACCUCGCUCUGUUUUGAGGUCGACAUGCGGACAUUACCGUCUUCGUAGUAGUGCACAUCUGCCUUGACAGUCCCGCGCAGUGUGCCAGAGGCAGGUGUGUAGAUGUAGGUGCUGCGCCAGCGGCCAUUCCAGAAGUUCUGUGGACUGUAUUUGUUGGCGACAAGCACGAGAGCAACAGCGGCAUCGUCGUCGGCGGGGUAGACGCCAAUGGCAGAGGAGGGAAAGUGCUCGGCGGCGGCAGCGUCGAGCGCCUUGAGCAGCGAGCGAAUGAGGUCCGCAUUGGCAGAUUCGAGCGGAUACUGCUGCGUACCAGACGCGUGAUAGGAGGCAUGGUCGACGGCGAAGGACGUCUGGCUGGCGGUGUCGAAGUAGCGGCCGUCGGGCAGGGCGUUGUAGGGCGUGAGGGGAAUGUUGCUGCCGCCACUGCUGCCGGGCAGCGUGACGGUCAUGUACUGCUCCUCGUUGUACUGAGCAAAGGCCGGUUCGAGCGAGGCGAGGAUGCUGGGCUCGUGGCCUGCCAGCACUUUGAUAUCAUUAACCACAUUGGCAAGCUCUCCUGGUGGCGCCGAUUCGAUAAAUGCUGCCACAGUGGCUGCUUUGGCGGUGCUGGCCAUCUUGCGCUCGUAUUAACUGGGUGUCGACGUCCAAAUAAUCAUCGAAGUCAG